AUGGUGGCAGUGGCUGGUCUCGUCGUCGGCCUCCGGUUUUUUGUGCGAUUAUACCCUGCACGGCUGCUGGGGAAGGAGGACUGGUGUAUAUUUGUCGCCUGGAUUUUUUCUGUUGCGAACUCCAUUGGCAUGUGCCUCCAGGUCAGGGCAGGCUUAGCGGAGGAAUUCUUGACUCUCACCACCUACCAGCAACAAACCUUUUUCAAGUGGUCAUAUUUGACAAUCAUCUUCUACAACACCGGGCUCGCCUGCGUUAAAGUCUCGAUUCUCCUCCUCUACCUACGAAUACUGCGAGACCUCAACUACCGCAAGGCAUGCUACGUGGUACUAUUUUUUGUAGUAUGCGUCUCACUGUGGACGAUUUUAUCCGCAAUAUUCUUCUGCGUACCCAUCAGAAAGAACUGGGACGACACCGUCACCGGCGUCUGCUUCAAGAAGGGCGUCGCGUGGUACGUCAACGCCGGCCUGAACAUCCUCACCGACUUUAUGAUCCUCAUCCUCCCGUUGCCGAUACUACCCAAAAUCAAACAAUCUCGCCGGCAGAAGAUUGGAUUAUAUCUCAUCUUUGUGCUCGGCUUUUUCAUCUGCGUCGUUUCCAUCCUGCGAAUACCCUCUCUCACCGUCGCGAAACGCUCAAGCGAUCCCACGCGAGACAGCCCAGGAAUCGCCGAAUGGUCAAUCGUUGAGCUGAACACGGCCAUCGUCUGCGCCAGCCUCAUCACCCUCAAACCGCUCGCCACGAGAUUCUUUCCCCGUAUGCUGGGUUCGCGCCGCGACGCCGACCGAGAGCGCGAUCCCGGGUCGGAAGAGAUACCAGCUACUGUCGGAUCCAAGGAAUCGCCGAUUGGGGGGCCGAAGCAUGCGCGGAUGGUAUCCGACGGCAGCACCACACAGCUGAAUCACGAAACUUUAGGGGGGGAUUCCAUAUUACAAACGCAGCAUACGGAGAGCUCCCGACUUAGCUUUGAAGGGACUUCUGAUUUGGAGCAGGGGGUGAAGGAGUCGGCGGCUGAGGUUGAUCCGGCGAUACGUUCGGAUCAGGCAUGA